UGCUGGAUGACACAGGGGAGCCAGGUCAUGUGACUAGAGUAGGUAAGCAUACAGAUCUUUCUUCCACAGAUGAGUGAGCAUGGGUGUUCGUUCACGGGUGUCAAACUGGUGGCCCUCAAGCUACAAGUCCCAUGAGGCAUUGCAAGACUGACAGUUACAAGCAUGGCUCCAAAGGCAGAGGCAUGAUGGGACUUGUAGUUUGGCAACAGCUGGAGGGCCGCCAGUUUGACACCCCCGUAAGUUGGCUUGUUUCCCAGUCCUGUGGCCCUCCAGCUGUUGAAAAACUACCCAUCAUGCCUAUGCUUCUUGGAGUCAUGCUUGUGGCUAUCAAAGUCCUGCAAUGCCUCAUGGGACAUGUAGUCCUGCUAUAGCUGGAGGCCCAAAGUUUACCUACCCCUGGCCUA